AUGGCGCUCCGUAUCGUUGGGCAGCACAAGGGCUCGAUCACGCUGGACCUGGAAAAUGCGACGGUGCUCGACCUUAAAAGAUCGAUCGCUGCCGCCUCCGGCCUCACAGCGUCUGGGCUCAAGCUCCUCGCAGGCGGCAAGCACUUGAAAGACGAUGCAGGCAAGCUGGCUCAGUUCGGGAUAACGCCGGGCAAGACCAUCAUGGUCCUGCGCCAAGACCUCUCCGAACAGGUCGAGGCGGAGGCGGGGUUAACCCGCAGGACGGAGGAGGCGGUGCAGGCGGCCUCCCUGCUCUCGGCUCGGGCCGCCCGCGACAUGGGCAGCGGCGGCAGGGGGAACGCCUGGGGUGCGUGGGGACGGGACGACGGCCGCGGCGGCGGCGGCGGCGGCGGCGGGCGAUCGGGAGGCAGGGGUGGGAGGGGAAGAGGUGGCAAUCGCCCUGAGAUCGAGCUGACCAACCAAGACGGGGAGGCCAUGGCAAUCCCUCCGGACGACUCGGCCGCCCUGAUGGAAGGCAUGAUGCUUCACCGCCAGGGGCUGGCCUGCCUCCGUCGAGCGCGCAACACCGCCCCGUCGAGCAGGUCACCCGGGGCGGCGGCGGCGGCAGCAGCAGCGGCGGCUGCUGCUGCCGCUACGGGCGAUGGCCACGCACCGCCGGCAGCAGCCGAACGAGCUCCGGCCGGUGUCCAGAACAAGAAGGCUCGCCACAGGCCGCAGACGGGUCCUGAGGCAGCGGCCAAAGCUGCACCGGGCGCGAGCGAAGAAGGAGCGCUGAGACUCAAGUCCCCUGCUGAUCGCGGCGGUGGCAGUGGACGACCAGGCGGGUGGGAAGAGCGGAAAGAGAGCGAAGGCAGAAGCGUGACGCAGGAGCAGGAGCAGCAGCAGCAGCAGCAGCAGCAGGGGACGGCGGAGAGAGAGGGCAAGGGCGAAUCAUCGCCGCCGAGAGCCGGGAUUGUCGGUCGAGCGGCAGCCAAGGAACAGCUGCCGGAGCGCACGGGCGCAAGGGAGGAGUCGACGGGCAACGAAGGUUUCACUCCGAGCCCCGCCCCUGAGGGCACCGCCGCGGCUCCGGGGUCACCGCCGACCGACGCUCCGCCGGCGUUCGGAGAAGAGUCCGGGGGCGUGGCUUCGGCAGGGGACGGAGAUGCGAUGGAGGUUGAUUCGGAUGGCAACGACCAAGCGGGCGAGGGCUCUGGCGGCGGCAGCGGCGGCGGCGGCAGCGGCACCGUGCGGGGGCCUCGAAGGGACGGGCCGACGUUGACGGCGGCGGAGAAGCUGAUGGCGCAGCGGGAAGGGCUCGGGCUGCUGAUGAGGGCAGACGAGGCGUUCCGGAGGUGUGACCCCAAGUACCUGGAGGCCGUCGACAACUACGCCUACCUCUGCCUGGACAUCGUAUGGCUGCUCUUCCUCAUGAAGGACAUGAAGAACAUCGACCUCGCGUCUCGCAUGCUGGCGGCCGUGGAGAAGGGGUUCCGGAAGGCCCACGGGGAGGGCCUCCAGCGGCUGACCGCGCUCAAGGGGGAGCACUGUGCGGAGAAGCUCCUGUACGUCAGGCUCCAUCUGCUGCAGGGGGUGGUGGCGUUUCUCCGGGGGGACUCAGGGGAGGCUUCGGCGCUGCUCCUCCGCGCGAGCGGGGAGGCGAAGGCCCUCAAGCCUAACCCGGCCCUGGCCUGUCGCUUGAUGCAGAAGUGGCACACGGUCAGGCUCGAGGUGCUGCAACCGAAGGUAGCGCUGCGAGCCCUGCGAGCCGGGCGGAACAACAUCGAUGCCGCCUGGCAGUACCUGGAGAAUCUGCGCCAAAGGAAGGAAACCGUGCGCAAGGAACGGAAGCUCAGGAUGGAGCGGCGACGGGCUAGCCGGCUCGGGAUGACGGCCGACAAGAAGGCCUACGUCAGCGAGAGCCUCGUCCAACAGCUGGCCGGAAUGGGCUUCCCGAAGACCAAAGCCAUUAGGGCCUUACGCCUCCACAACAACGACGUCGCGGCCGCCUUGACCACCCUCACCACGGGAGACAGCAGCAGCAGCAACGGUGGCAGCAGCAGCAACACCGACGACAACAAGAACGAGGCCCUGGCGGUCCUGCACUCCAUGGGAGUUCCCCCCGAGGCGGCCCGCGACGUCCUCGACAGGACGGGGACCCUGCGCGACGCCCUGAACGAGCUCGGGCUAGAAGCUCCGGAAAGGGCGGCCGCCGCCGGCGUAGGCAGCGGCGGCGGCGGCGGCGGUGGUCUGGCGGGAGACGAUGCCGGCGCUUCUCGCGUGGAUGCCAACGAUGACGACGACGACGAUAGCGAGGCAGACAGUAGUAGCAGUGGCGGAGAGGAAGGGCUGGACUCGGAGCCGACGCCGGAGGAGAAGAGGCUGUUCGAGGAGCUGGCCGCGGACCGGGAGAACCAGGACGACGAGGGCUACCUGGACAUCACGCUCGAGGACGAGAGCGACGCGGCGGACAUGUACAUUCUCUUGUGUUGCGGCAAUAUCCCGGUGUCCUUCGACCUCGACAAAGUCCGGGCGGGUGUUGCUGCCGCUGCUGCCGCUGCUGCUUCUGCUGGUGGUGGUGCUACUGCCACACCGACGGCGAUCAACAAAUAA